AAUGGCCGGCGUGAUUCGGAGAAUUUUUUUGACGGCGAUUUUCUUUCACGUCAAAUAUUUCGCGGACACCGCAGCGCAGUGGAAUGCGGCUCUUUUCAAGCCCGCGAGUCAAAGUUCACCUUCCAAUGAUUCUCACCUAGCGGCCAAGUUUGGCAACGACGGCGACAAGAGAGAUAACUCUAGUCGGUGUGUGCAAACAGGGUUCGAAGAGAAACCAUGGUGGCAAGUCGAUCUUCAAAAGCAGUUUAUAGUGGAGUCUAUUAUCUUCACCGCAAGCCAAACUGCCUUCAACAAGACAAUAAACUAUGUCAUCGAGGUCCAUGAAUCACCACCAAAUGCAGCCGGCCCCCAAGCUCCAAUAUGCAACACAGAAUACAAUGUCUCCAAUGACCUCAACCACAUCAAGUGUAGGGAUCCGAAAAAAGGCCGGUUUGUCCGUUUUAUACAGCUUACCCAAGGCUAUCUCCAGUUUUGCGAGCUGGAAGUGAUAGUAUCAGGCCAAACUUCAUAUUUCAAGGCCACUAAGAGUUUACAGGUCAAGGCCAUACUGGCUGAGGUAGUCUUAUCCAGAAGUUUGCUGCACUGCGCAGGACAGUGCAAGAAUCACAGGGCACUUUGGUUGUGCAAUGCCUUCAAUUGGUUUACCAAGUCGAGAGGAUGUGAGAUGCUCUUAACUGAUCCAAAUGAUUUGAAUAAGACCUCUCACCUCACAACAGCAGAUGUCAACUUUUACAUUGAAAACUUUGGUUAGUGUUCUUAGAAAUUUUGGUUAGUAUUUGUGAAAAUUUUU